CCCGCCCCACCAUUUCCGCCGCCGAAUCCGACCUCCUUUCCUCUCUUCCCCCCUCCAUCCUCCUCGACUUCCCCCUCGCCCCUCUCAACACAUCUCUCUUCCCAGCCUCCUCAGAUCCCUUCUUGCUUCGCAUGGAAGCCCUUCGCCUCUCCGCCCACCUCCUCCCUCCUCUCAUCUCCUCCUCCGGGCCAUUCUCGUCCCUUAUCGUCGACAUCUCCAUCGCAUCCACCUUCCUACCAGUUGCAGCCUCCAUCAACAUCCCCUGCUUCGUCCUCUUCACCUCCUCAGCUGCCAUGCUCGCUUUCUGCUCUGUUUUCACAUCCUCCUCUAACGCAGAGGACGACAUCGACAUCGCUGGCAUCGUCAAGAUCCCAUCAUCCUCCUUCCCUCAGCCCCUCCACGACCCAAACCAUUUCUUUAAGACCCAAUUCGUCGAAAAUGGAAAGGCGCUUACUUUAGCAAGCGGAAUCCUGGUUAAUACAUUUACAGCCUUGGAGCCCAACGUGCUUGUCGCGCUCAAUUCAGGGGAAGUUGUCCCGCGCCUUCCGCCAGUCAUUGCUGUUGGUCCUUUGCUUCCGGAAAGAAAGCAGUCAGUUUGGCAACCGUCGGCGAUGCGGUGGCUCGAUAAGCAGCCGGAGAGAUCGGUUAUUUACGUUUGUUUUGGGAGUCGAACGGCGAUGACGAGAGAGCAAAUCAUGGAGUUGGGAGCUGGGCUGGAGAUGAGCGGAUGCCCGUUUUUUUGGGUGAUGAAGAGCAAGAUGGUGGAUAGGGAAGAGAUGGAGGAGAUUGAGGAAUUGUUGGGGGAAGGAUAUGUGAAGAGAGUGGAGGGGAGGGGACUGGUUUUGAUGGAAUGGGUGGAGCAAGAGGUUAUUCUUGCUCACCGGUCAGUAGGCGUAUUCUUGAGUCACUGCGGGUGGAAUUCGAUGAUGGAAGCGGUGGCAGCGGGGGUGAGAGUGCUUGCUUGGCCGAGGGGAGGGGAUCAGAGAGUGAAUGCGGCAGUGGUGGCAGGCAGUGGGCUUGGUGUUUGGCCGGAGAAGUGGGUCUGGGAAGGGGAAGAAGGGGUGGUUGGAGCGAAAGAGAUUGCAAAGAAGCUGUCAAAGCUUAUAGUGGAUGAUAGGAUGGGGGAGACGACGGCGAAGUUGGCUGCGGAAGCUGCUGCGGCUG